AUGGCGCCGUCGACGGCGCACGGCGCGGACCGGUUCGCGUCCGCGGCGACGCUGCUGCUCGCCGCGGGCGCGGUCACCGCGGGCGCGAUCUACUUCGGCCCCGUCGCCCUCGGCGCCGCGGCGUACGGCGCGCAUCGUCGACGUCGUGGUGAUCAUUUCGCGCACCCUCGACGCGGCCGCGCGGUCUCGCGCGAGGAUUGGCACGCGGCGCAGGACAGAGACGGGCGCGUGAGCGACGCCGCAGCCUCGGAGCUGCGCGCCAAAGUCAUGAACGGCGGCGUCGAGCCCGCGGUGCGCGCGGAGGCGUGGCCGAUGCUCCUCGGCACGCGCGCGACCGCGUCCACCGCGACGGAGCUGGAGCAAUCGCGCCGUCGUCGUCGCGAAGCGUACCGCGCGCUCGUUUCGCGCGUCGACGCGCUGUCCGAGAUGCUGAGAGGCGCGAGCGUGGGACGGCGGCGGAGCAUGGACGGGCCGCCGCCGGACGAGUUGGGCGUCUUCACCGAGAGCGACCGGGUCAUCGCCGCGGACGUCCCGCGGACGCCGAUGGACGCGUCGUCGGCGUUCGCGACCGCGUGCGCCGCCGACGCGGAGGACGCGGCGGCGGAGGACGACCGGAGAGCGGCGGCGGCGGCGGCGGCGGAUCCGGAAUCUGAUUCGUUUAUUCGUCGGGGAUAUGAUUCGUCGGCGCCGUCGACGAGCGAAUCCGACGUCGACGCGUGGCGCGUCGCUCAGAGCACGCGUCUGCGGGAGCUCCUGCGCGCGUUCGCGUUGUACGACGAAGCCGUCGGGUACUGCCAGGGCAUGAACGAGAUCGCGUGCGUGUUUUUGGAUAACAUAACGGACGCCUCCGAGGCGUUUUGGUGCUUCGUCGAGUUCAUCAGAGGCCCGUACAGAUCGCACUUCAUCAUACACAAGACCGGCGGCGGCAGCGGCGCGACGAGCGGCCGCGCGGAGGGGAUCCGGGACCGUCUAAUUUUGAUCGGGAAGAUCAUCGCCGCGAGCGACGCGGCUUUGUGGAGGCACCUCAAGGCGCUCGGCGACGGCGAUUGCAUCUUCGCGUUCCGAGCGUGCGUCGUGUUGAUGCUUCGAGAGCUUCCCAAGGAGGAGGCGGUGUACGUGUGGGAGGCGCUGAUGGCGAGCGGGGAUCACGUGGGAGGAGUUGGAGGAGGAGGAGGAGGAGGAGGAGGAGGAGGGGGAGGAGGGGGGAAUCGCGACGGCGGCGGCGGCGGCGGCGGCGACGUCCCCGGGUCGCUUCUUCUUCGCGUCCUCGCCGCGUUUUUCUUGCAGUCGCGGAGCGCGCUCAUGGGAUGCAAGACGUACGACGACCUGCUGCUCGUCUCGCAGCGGCUAGGGAGCGGCGUGAAGGUGAGCGCGAGCGCGUUGCUCGCCGCGGCGGCAAAGUUGAAGCUUCCUCCUCGGUGA